GCACUAAAUAGUUUUUACCACAAAUAUGUAAUAAAGAUUUUGGCGUUACUGGUGUUGUGUUUAUUGGAUGACAACAUUGUCAUUUGUGUUUUGCAAUGAAUUUCCAAAUUGUCAGUAAUCAUGAACCAAAGCCAGGCGAAGUGUUGCGUUUGCGAGGCGGUUCGUUCCCGUUUUUCCUGCCGUAUCCCAUGUGUAUGGGUUACCAACACCAUUGUUGCCCCAACAUUUCUUACCAAUGCUUUCCUGGACUGAUGUACAACUCGCCUCUAAGUGGCAUCAGCAAUGGUCCAAUAAUAAUCGUUCCUCUUCCAAAUUUCCAACAAAUACAAGCUCCCAUUCAGGAAGCAGUUCCAGCGGUUUCAUACCAGCCGCUGCAAAUAAGCGAAUGUCCUCCGCAAGACCCUCCUCCAGACGCAAACAGUACUAUUAUCCCUGACAUCCCCAAUAUCCCAAGCAGUACUACUAUCCCCGAGAUCUCCGAGAGCCCCGACAUCCCCGAACCAGUUAUUGAGGAAAAACCGCUCGUUCCUAUAUCAGACAGUCCCUUCGCUUCGCCCCCAUUCAAGAGCUCCUUCAACCAAGCGCGACUCCAUAAAGAGUUCUACCCCCACAUUCCGAAGAGGCAGCCGAGACCGGUGGUUGUGGAAGUACCUAAAGUGGAACGUCCAAAGGACGAAGUGUUUCAUUCGAUGGCGGCUGGAAGUUGCACUUGCAGUGAUGAAUCAGUAAGUGCGCACAAUACUGCGAUGAGUGUUGAAGAAAGAGAGAAAUUAGAAGAGGAAGAAAUUCAACGACGAGAAAUUGAGAAAUAUCAGCGGGAACAGGAAGACCGGAUUUUGCGCUUUAAGCAACGAAUGCUACAACAAGAACUUCAAGAGGGAUCGCCAGUGACGCCACAACGAGGGCAACAACAGAUGCAUGCGUCGCCAGUGACGCCACAGCGAGUGCAACAACAGAUGCAAGCGUCGCAAGUGACGCCACAGCGAGUGCCACAACAAAUACAAGCGUCGCAAGUGACGCCACAGCGGGUGCAACAACAAGUGCAACAACAACAAUUAGAUCCUGAGGAAGUGGCUAGAUUGAAAGAGGAACGAAGACAAUUAUUCUUGAUGGGUUUAGAUAAUGAGUUGAGAGAGAGACAGCAAGAAUUGGUACAAAAACGUUUCAUGGACAUAUACAGACAUAGAUGUCGACCGCAAAAAUUGAAACCAAACCAAACUUUAAUGUAGUAGGUAUUGUAGUGCGAACAAUAAAAUUCUGAAAAAUA